GGCUGACACUUUGCCAACAAAACCCGCUCGCGCACGCUCCAGCUAGCUCCAGUUAGCUACAGUGCCUUUUGGAGUCAGGCAGCGUUGUUGUUGUUGUUAUUAUUUUCUGCAGUACUGUACUAUCACUUUGCACUUGACACGAUGUCAUCUGGCGGUUGGGAAUUGGUCGGUAAGAAGAAAGACAAAACGAAUGGCAAGGCGAACAAACUUACGAAGGCGGAGAAGAAGAAAUUCAUCGAGAACGCGCCAAAAGUCGAGGACUUUUUGCCACUGAGUCAAGUAAAGACACUGUACGACAAUCUAGAUGGUAAUAAGGAGACCAAAAAAUCUCCCAAGGCAAAGGAACAUAAGAUGAAAGAGAAUGAAGAGAAAAAAAAACAGCAACAGCAGAAGCAGCAGCAGGCUGAGAAGAAGAAACAGGAACCAAAGGAGAAACCUCCAAAAAAUAUAAAAGACGCAUUGAAUGCGAUCGAUGUGAAAGAGCUUAAUAAUGUGCUGGCGACCUCACAGGCCAGAUAUCCGGAAGCUCCGUUGAUCUGGCUGAAGAACCUCGCGGCAUUCCUCAAUGUUAAAAUACCCAUCGACAAGGAGGACGCAAUUUUCUCAGGAAAGCCCAAGGACUAUCCGUUGAGUUUAGUACCUAAGGCAAUCUCUUCUACGUUAGAACGCGUGGUAGAAAUGGCGGGCCAACAGUCCGUCCAAUGUUUCUACGAGAGCACUCUCACGUCGAUGGCCAUCGACAUGGUCAAGGGAAUCCCCGUGGUUGGUCACAAGAUAUUUUUGCAGCUGCUGGCGCACUUAAAUCCCGAGAUGACCGCCGCAAACAUUCCCAAGCUGACCACAAUAAGGAACUCUUACGAGAACAGGAAAAACGUCGGUCUGUCCCUGCUGUGGGCCUGGUCGCAGGCCGGCAGGAAGAACCUGGCGGUCGGCUUGAAAAUCUGGCACGAGUUGAUGUCGCCGAUGCUGGAUAUGAAGGGCUACGCGAACUACGUCGUGCAGAUCUUGAACGACCUUGUCUUCGGCCACGACAAUGUUCGCGAUCUCAGUUUGGACCUGUACCUGGACAUCAUCACGGAAACUUACUCGAAUAAGUUCAGCAACCAGCCGGUGAAUCUGGUGGCAGAGAUCGGCGCGAGUAUCGAUAAGCUGAGAUCGAUAGUAUUUAAGAACAAGGACAUAAGUUACACGAAAUUGUUCGAAAUGUUGCUCGGGAGAGUGACGCCGAAGUCGCACGCGGACUACAGGCAUGAGAUAAUCAAGGCACUCGCGGAUUGCCUCGUCACGGAACCCCGUUGCUUCGCCAUAUGGGGUUCUAUCUACACCACGCACUUGUAUCAGUCCAGUCUUCUCUUGCAGUACAUCGAUGCGAAUUUACCCGGUUUGCAGCCGCAGUUGAGGACGAAGCAUUUCAAAGAAACUCUCGCGAUCUUCCAGAACAGUAACGAGAAAUGGAAGAAAGGCAAAGACGAGAGUCUCGCGAACACGUGCAAGCUUACAUCUCAGGCACUAUUAAAGAAGAUGACUUCCUCCACACGCCGUGGCUUUCCCUGGAGGACAGGCAGUCUGUUUCUGUUGCUAAUUAUUGGUGCUAUUGUAGCAUAUGACAUACAAAAACAUGGCUCCUUCCAAGCAUCCAAAAUUGGAAUAUUCGUGAAAACUAGUGGAAUCUUGAAGCAUGUUGAGAAGGCAUGGACUACUAUAAAGUUGUAUUCGUCUGCAGGACACCAAACAAUUAAGGAUAGCUCAGAAUAUUACAAAGCCGCGGUUGAUCUCUGUGUGCCAUACGUUAAAUUAGCCGGCGAUGUCUAUGUCAUAGUAAAGAACGUUUCGAUUAAAAUGUACAACAACGCUUUAGUAUACGUCGAGAAGAAGACACCCGUGGUCCUGGAUACGGUCGAGCACUAUCUCCCAGGAAUUGUAGAUCAGAUUCAAUCCCGGAGUCUCCAGGCAUUAGAGUUUGUGAAAGUUUCUUUCGCUCUGGUUGGAGAGAAAGUCAUUGAGCAUUCCAGCGCGACGAUAGAUUGGCUGGGAAAGAACGUCUUCGUAGGUAAACUUAGCCCGGAGAAUCUCGGAGAUUACGCCGUAUGGACGAUACGCACGACACUAUCGUACGCGAGUGAAACGUAUGACUGGGUAUACGAAAAAGUACAGACUCUCUCGAAAAUGCCAUGAAUAAUAAAUUCGUCGAUUAUCCUACGGCGAUUCAUUGCGUCGGUAA